AUGAAGAGAAAAGAAAAGAAAGAACGAGAGAAAACAACAACAAUAUUCAAAAUAACACAAUCAAAUAUCAAAUUCAUACCACUUGGAGAUGGAAUAUUAACAAGUAAGAAAGAAAUUGAACUUCAAGAAGGAGAAGAAAUUAAAGUGAAUGAAGAAAUACGAGAAUUAAUUUGUAUUGGAAAUGAUAAAAAAGAGAAGAUGAAGAUACAAAUAAGUAGUAAAGAAGAAAAUGAGAAAUAUUCAAUUAGAACAAACCCAAAUGUCAUUACAAUUGAAGGAGGAUAUGCAUGUGAAUUUGAAUUAUUCAUUACAAUCAAAUGUACAACUAAAAUCAAAGAUAAAAUAAUGAUAAUUAGUAAAACACUUAAUAAAGCACAAGAAGAAACAAUCAAAAGUAUUUCUAUUGAAGGAGAAACAGAAAUAUCAACACGACUUGAUCCUGAUGAAAUAAAAGAAGAAAAGAAAAUAGGAGAAGGAUCAUUUGGAGUUGUUUAUGUUGGAGAAUUUAGAGGAAAUAAAGUAGCAAUUAAGAAAAUAAAACAAGUUGAAGAAAAUGAAGAUAAAAAGAAAGAAUUUGAGAAAGAAGUAGCAAUGUUAGAUAAAUUUCGAAAUGAAUAUAUUAUUCAUUUUUAUGGAGCAGUAUUUAUUCCUAAUAAAAUAUGUAUGGUAACAGAAUUUGCAAAAUAUGGAUCAAUACAAGAUAUAAUGAAUAAAAGAAACAUCACAGAAAUAUCAAAGAAAAUAAGAAUCAAAUUUAUGAUAGAUGGAGCAAAAGGAAUUUCAUAUCUUCAUUCAAAUGGAAUAUUACAUCGAGAUAUUAAACCCGAUAAUUUCCUUGUUGUAUCACUUGAUGAUAACAUUGAAGUUAAUCGUAAACUAACGGAUUUUGGAAGUGCAAAGUAUUACAAAAUUCAAUCAGAUAUAUAUUCAUUUUCAGUCACAAUGUUACAAACCAUUACAUGGCAAGAUCCAUUUCCUAAAACAUUAUACCCACAUCCAUGGGAUAUUGCAGAUACAAUCACAACAGGUAAACGACCAGUCAUAAUACAAGAAGUAGAAGAAUAUAUUAAAGAUGUUAUUGAAAAGUCAUGGCAACAAGAACCAAAAGAAAGAAUAACGAUAGAUGAAAUUGUAAGAAUGUUAGAAAAAAUUAAAAGUAAAGAAUAA